AUGCCCGACAUAUUUAUCAAGCCUCGACCCAUCCCAAUGAUAACCACAAGUCAGAAGCCUCCAACUAAGCAUAUUGAAUCCUCCUCAAACUCCACUGAUCGAAUAUCAAAAGAACUCAAGUUUACUGGUAGUCCAGGUCCUUCCUUAGGCCACUUCAAACUUCUGGAAGUAAAACUUGACUUGAUUCUACAAUGGUUGCUAAAGUUUUCUCCUUCAGAAUUAAAGUUGAUCACCUCCGAAGAACUAGAAGCAACACUUCAGAAGGUUCUCUCCACUUCUUCCAAUACCGAAGAAGCCCUGUAG